AUGCAUGUACCCGAGAGGAAAUUCGUCCUGUGGGACGAUGGAGAAGGCUAUUUCUCGUGUACUACGGAGGAGAAUACCGCUGCCGGUCUCAUCAACGCGCUGAAAAGCCCAGUGCAGACCAAAAACACCAACGUCUUCCUGAGCGACUUUGCCAUCACGCAGAGGCAGUUGCUCGACGCCAUCGAGAGGAUCCAGAGGGUCAAGUAUCAGGUGGAGGCACUGGACAGCGAGAAGCUGGUCAGAGAAAAGCAAGAAGCCGUCCGGCAGGGCAACCACGCGGCGACGUAUGCGCUCAUCGAAACAGGGUUCGUGACUGGAAGGUUCGGCAGCCACUUCGAGGCGGAAGAGGUUGAGAUCAUGAACGAGAAACUCGGACUUCCCAAACACAGCCUGGACAAGGUCGUGACUGGUGCUCUCAAGUCUUUGCGAGCUCUGUAG